AUGUCAGGUCUUCACCAAGCGGCAUUAAUGUGCCAAACAUCAAUAAUGCAUAUUUUGUUAGAUAACGGAGCCAACGUGGACAUCAAAGACAACAAAGGUUUGAGACCCCUACAUUAUUCAUCAUGGCAGGGAAAACUAGAGCCAGUAACAUUGCUUCUUCGAUACAAUUCUUCUGUCAAUGAACCAGCCAAUCACGGUGAAAGUCCUCUUCAUCUAGCUUGUCAGCACGGCCACUUGGAAAUUACCUGUUACUUGCUUUGCCAUGGUGCCAGCCUUACUGUACGAAACGAUGAAUAUAAGACCCCUUUAGAUCUGGCCUGUGAAUUUGGGAGGCACAAGGUGGUAAAGUAUAACUUUUAUUAG